AUGAGAAAUGUUGGCUUGGGUAAAAUGUUUGAACAGUGGAGGCACGAAAUCCAAGAGGAAAAGGCUAGGGCUGAUUGGUGGGAGAAAAAGUUCCAUGACGCUCAAGCUCGAGAAGUUACUUGUAAAAAGAGUUUGGAUGAUAGCCAGAAAGAAAAACAGAUGUUAAGAGCUCGGGUGGCAGAGUUAGAAAUGGCACUACAGCAACAUCGGAGUCAUAACUCAGUGAUUGAAUUAAGGGCUAGCCUAAGUAGGAUCAAGAAUUUGAAGGGGAAAGUAGAAGAACUUGAGACUACACUUCAGAACUGUAAGAAUCAGAUUGAAUUAUUGGAAGCAAAUAAUGAGCAACUAGGGGAGCAACUUCACUGA